AUGUCUGAGGUGGUGGUGCUUUUGGUGCUGCUCACUUGGUGGCAAGACUUUCAGAAGCCUGCCCAGCCCUAUGAUGUCCUGGAAUUUUACGCAGGGGUUGGGCGGAUUGCUAGGGUUUCAAAAUUCAUUGGACUCAAAAGUGCUGCUGUGGACAUUGAAUAUGGGAAAGCUUCAGCUUCAAAGAGGGGGUCAAGACCACCUAUGGACAUAAACAGUGAUGCAGGGCUAUUGUUAUGCAUUCGCCUACUUCUGUGCAGCGAAAACCCGGCUGCAUUUUUUGCAAUCGUGUGCUCCUCAUGGGUGCCGGUGAACCGUGGAUCUACUAUGAGGGACAUCCUGACUCCACUAGGCAAUGAAGACUAUCCAGCGGUUCGUCGCAGCAACAAAAUGACUUCCAGGACAGUGAUUCUGAUGCUAAUUGCGGUGGUUUCCGGAGGUGUAUUUUUUAUGGAGCAGCCAAUGAACAGCUUAGUGGCCAUGCACCCCCGCUACAUUUGGCUUGUGGAACUGCUGCUGCAAUUGGAUAUACCAACGUACAAAGUGGCCUUUUGGAUGAGAAAGUAUGCAUCGCUUUCCUGGAAGAGAACGUGGGUAUGGUCUUCUAGCAGGGUGAUUCAAGCUUUAGAUUUGGGGCCCAUGACACCAGAAGAACGAUCUAAUAGCGAAACGUUGACUACCCGUUACCGGGAUGGCAGUGGAGCGAAAAGGUUCAAGGGAAACAAGUCCCUCAAGAAAAGUCAGCACUACACGUACAAGUUCGCGGCAAAGGUUGUGUCUGUGAUCCCUGAGGCACGCUCCGCUGCACGGGCUCCAGAGCUUUCUACACAGGUAUCUUCUGAAAGUCUUCUCACGCUCUUCGAGAACAUGCCCUGGUGCGAUGAGUCCAAACGUUGGGACGAAGAGGCGGACUUGAGAGAUGUAAUUCGAUAUGCUAGGGGAUCGAGAAGGCUAUCCAUCCCUGAGGGUUGGAGAGCUGUUUUACCCACCACUAUUCCACCCCAGGAGUUCUAA